CAACCUCGGACUCAAAUGAGCACUCCUGCACAACGCGUGCUCAUCACGGGGGCAAGUCGCGGCAUUGGCUUGACCUUCGCCAAGCACUACAAGGCGCAGGGCUGGAACGUCAUUGCUGCUGUGCGCAACCCUGCUUCAUCGCAAGAGUUGAUUGACCUGCAAGUAGAACGCAUUGUUGCCCUUGACGUGAGCGACGAAGACUCAAUCCAUGCCGCAGCUGAGGCGGUGGGAAGUCAAGUGCCCAUCAAUCUCCUAAUCAACAACGCUGGUAUCCUGGCUCGCGACACGCUCGAAACGGCCACGAAAGCUUGCAUCAUGCGCCAUUUUGAAGUAAACUCGGUCGGGCCGUGGCUCGUCACGCGGGCUUUUUUGCCAAACUUGGAGCUGGCGGCGGCAACGUCGCCCUCUGGAAUGACCAUCGUGGCCCAAGUGACAUCGCAAAUGGGCAGCAUCGAGCGCAACAAGUCGGGCGGGUAUUACGCGUACAGGUCGUCCAAGACGGCGCUCAACAGCCUCUCAAUGUCUUUGUCUGUCGACUUGAAGCCUCGAGGCAUCACGUGUAUUUUGCUGCACCCUGGCUACGUUAAAACCGACAUGACGGGGCACCACGGAGACAUCACGACUGCCGAGAGCGUGGCGGGACUCACCAGCAUCUUGGACAAAGCCUCUCCCGACGAUAACGGACGGUUCUACCACACGGACGGAUCGAUCAUUCCGUGGUAGAUCUCGUGUGCAGGUUCGAGCUGCUACUUGGUAAUUUGAUUGAUUGCUACCGGUGGAGAUUGCAAGCAAAGGUACACCCAUAGGAGAAGCACAUUGCAAGUGCGAUCGAAAAAAGAUGCGUUGG